UCUAACUUGCCUCUCCCACCCGUCUCCUUCCAGCACGAUGGCUUCGGCACUGAGCUAUGUCUGCAAGUUCAAGUCCUUCGUGAUCUUGUUCGUCACCCCACUACUGCUGCUGCCACUCAUCAUUCUGAUGCCCACUAAGUUUGCCAGGUGUGCCUACGUCAUCAUUCUCAUGGCCAUUUACUGGUGCACCGAAGUCAUCCCCCUGGCUGUCACCUCCCUCAUGCCUGCCUUGCUUUUCCCGCUCUUCAAGAUUUUGGACUCCAAGCAGGUGUGUGUCCAGUACAUGAAGGACACGAAUAUGCUGUUCCUGGGUGGCCUCAUCGUGGCCGUGGCCGUGGAGCGCUGGAACCUGCACAAGAGGAUCGCCCUGCGCACGCUCCUCUGGGUGGGGACCAAGCCCGCACAGCUGAUGCUGGGCUUCAUGGGCGCCACGGCCUUCCUGUCCAUGUGGAUCAGCAACACGGCCACCACGGCCAUGAUGGUGCCCAUCGUGGAGGCCGUGCUGCAGCAGAUGGAGGCCACGAGCUCGGCCACCGAGGCUAGCCUGGGGGCCCUGGAGCUGGCGGACAAAGGCAAAACCAGUGAGCUGCCAGGGAGCCGAGUGAUUUUUGAAGGCCCUGCUAUGGGCGAGCAGGAGAACUGUGGCAGGAAGAGCAUAUGCAAGGCCAUGACCCUGUGCGUGUGUUACGCGGCCAGCAUCGGAGGCACUGCCACCCUGACCGGGACAGGACCCAACGUGGUGCUCCUGGGCCAGAUGCACGAACUGUUUCCUGACAGCAAAGACACUGUGAACUUCGCCUCUUGGUUUGGAUUUGCCUUCCCCAACAUGCUGAUAAUGCUGCUGCUCGCCUGGUUGUGGCUCCAGUAUAUGUUUAUGGGAUUCAAUUUUAGAAAGUCCUGGGGCUGCAGGCAGGAGAGGAGCAGCGAGAAGGCUGCCUACAAGGUGCUGCAGGAGGAGUACAGGAAGCUGGGGCCCUUCUCCUUCGCCGAGGUCAACGUGCUGCUCUGCUUCCUCUUGCUGGUCAGCCUGUGGUUCUCCAGGGACCCCGGCUUCAUGCCCGGCUGGGUGUCGCUCGCCUGGGUGGAGGGCGAGACCAAGUAUGCCUCUGACGCCACCGUGGCCAUCUUCGUGGCCAUGCUGCUAUUCAUUGUGCCUUCGCAGAAGCCCAAGUUCAACUUCUGCAGCCAGAGCGAGGAAGAGAGGAAAACUCCCUUUUAUCCCCCUGCGCUGCUGGAUUGGAAGGUCACGCAGGAGAAAGUCCCCUGGGGCAUCGUGCUGCUGCUGGGGGGCGGAUUCGCUCUGGCUAAAGGAUGCGAGGUCUCGGGCUUGUCCAAAUGGAUGGGGCAGCAGAUGGAGCCCUUGCACGUUCUGCCUCCGGCAGCCAUCUCCUUGAUCUUGUCCUUGCUCAUUGCCGUGUUCACUGAGUGCACCAGCAACGUGGCCACCACCACCUUGUUCCUGCCCAUCUUUGCCACCAUGUCACGUUCCAUUGGCCUCAAUCCGCUGUACGUCAUGCUCCCCUGUACCCUGAGUGCGUCCUUUGCCUUCAUGUUGCCUGUGGCCACCCCGCCUAAUGCCAUCGUGUUUGCCUACGGACACCUCAAGGUUUCUGACAUGGUGAAAACGGGACUAAUGAUGAACGUCAUUGGAAUCUUCUGUGUAUUUCUUGCGGUCAACACCUGGGGACGGGUCAUAUUUGACCUGGAUGGUUUCCCUGACUGGGCUAAUGUGACGCAUAUUGAGACUUAG